AUGUCUAAAUGCAAGAGUUGUAAUAAAAGCUAUUCAACAAUUCUUCUUACAGCUGGAAAAACUGUUUCAGAAAUAUAUUAUAAAUCUUUUUCUUAUGCAUGGUGGAUUGUGAGCGAAAGAAAUAUAAAUGACCAAAUAAAACUAUUAGUUCCAAUAAAUUUAAGUAUGGAAACACUUACAAAACUCAAAGGCCGUGAUUUUAUUAUCACUGUUUUGGAACCUGAUAUUAGAACUUUGCCUAGUCUAAGAUAUCAAGCAAUUUAUUUAUUUGGUAUAAAAACGAAAUUUUCUGGACCGCUUGUUAUGGAAUUUGACCAACAGGUUAUUGUAGAAGAGUUACUAAAAAAUAUUCAAUUUCAACCUUUUGAGAUUUCUAUAGAAAGGUUUCAAAUAAUAGUUUUUGGUAUUGCCGUAUCAAAAAAUAAAGAAUGGAAUUAUACUG